AUGAGAUUUUUAUAUUGCGAUGCAAAUGUAACUCCUGUGAUGAGAGAAAAAAUAACAAAAUUAUUAAUUGAGAACCAAGAGAAAUUAAAUCACUAAAAUCCAGCUCUCUUUUUAUAACAACUGCUGAAUAAAAAUUUUGAAAAACAAUGGUAAAUGAUUAUUUAGUAUUUCCAUUAGGUUUGUUUAUAUGGUAUAUAGUCCUGUGGAAUUAGAAUAUUAAGUUAUUUCGAACACUUCAAUAUGUACUUAAUCAAUCUGAUAUUUGUAGCGAUGGAUAUCGAAAUUGAGAAAACUCGAUUUAUUUUGGCAUAGUUUGAGGAAGUCAGCAUAGGAACAUUCUCCAAGGAUAAGUUCAUCAAAACAUGCCAACAAAUAGAGAAUUAUAUUUAAUAGCAAUCGCAUGACUUGGCAUCUGCUCUAAAUGAAUCAUUGAAAUCAUUGGAAUAUCAUUUUGGACUUAGCUGUCAUAUGAUACUAUUUAAAUGUAUUGAAUAGGAAACCUAACUACAAUUUAAUGCUCCAAAUCAACUGCAAUAUAUCUUUAAAGUAAAAAUAAGUGAAUUCGAAUCAAUUCAAGGAGGCAUAUUUUAUAUUCCAUUGGGUGCAGAGGAAGAUGAUGGAUUGUAAGGAUUAAACAAUAAAAUUUUGUCAGGAGACGAAGAAUUCGACAAUAAUCAAAUAAGAGAUGAAAAUUACAUUUAAGAUGAAUAUGAAGAACCCAUGGAUUUAUAAUUUUAAGUCAUGUUGGAAGCCAAAGAGUUCAAACAAUCCACUGAUCAAGUCAAAGUUAGUUUUGAUGAUCUUGAAAUCUAACCGUUGAAAGUACAUUCGUUUUCUAUGCUGUUCUAAAUUAUCAUCUCACCCUUUCCUAAAGAAAUAAGUAAAUCUAUUUAAUAAUCAAUUAGAGGAUGAUCUAAAUGUAUUGUCGACUGGUAGUUCUUUGAUGUCCAAAAACAUGACCUUUGGUAUCAACCGAGAUCAACUAUUCUUCUUUAAUUUCCAACUCGCGACAGGGAAAAUGGAGACACUCUAUUCUUAGAUGAAAAUCAAAAGGAAUCAACUGUAUUAGAUAGCCCUGAUUUAUACUGAAACAGAAACUUACAAGUAACAUUACUCAUUCUAUUAUUUUAUUAGAGAGGUGUCAAUGUACAUUAACGGAGCAAUUGAAAAUCAAAUUAACUUAUCAAUACAAUUAGAACCUCCCAGAGGAUUCUUUUGGAUUGGAUCCGAAUAAGCGCUUAAACUAUUCAAAGGAACUUUAAGGGAUAUCGUAUUUGUAUCAUAAGCCUUACAUCAAAAACACGUCAAAUCAAUUUAUGCUGAACUUUAGAGUGCUUUAGCCCAUAAAUUCCAAAGGUAAACAAUGGAAAUUGUUGAAGAGAUUUUGUAACAAUUCAAAGAAGAGAUACCUCUUGAUUAAGAUGAAUCAAAAUUUACUCAAACUCAGAGUAUGUUAAAACAGCAGUCUAAGACUUUAACCAAAACGAGUAAUAAGAAAUUGUAGAUACCUCCACAUCUCCAAAGGAGUUAUCAUGUAUUUGAAGAAAUUGAUAAAAAGAAAACUCAAUAACAGGAACAACCACAUUAAAAAACAAUUCCAGAAUUUGCAAGUACAUUUCUAUGCUAAUUUUUAAGAUAGAUUAAAAGAAGUGUUUUAAGAGAACGAGAUAAUUUAUCACAAAUGUCACGAAUUGAGUUUGAGCUUCUAUUGGGUGUUUACUACAGUAUAAUAAUUGGCACCACCUUUGGAAGAGAAUGCAAGUGCCAAACUGCCAUUUGAGUAUAUUCAUUAAGAACUCUGCAAAGAGAGGUAAUUAAUAUGAGUAUGAAUCAUCUUAGAUUUGAAGUCUAUCCAUAUUAUGCUAUUGAAUUUGAUAGGUUUUGCAAAGUUGUGUAAUACAGUGGAAUUCAGUUAUCACAUGACGAUAUUUAUCAAUUAGCUGAAAUCACUGAUUCUCUAAGGGAGAACAAGAGAUUUGGUCUUUACAUAAUUUAUGAUCGACUGCUAUUGUCUAUUAGACAGGCUGCUUUGAAUGAAUAGGAAAUAGUAGAAGUCAAGAGUCAAUACAACACAGAUGAAAAAGAAGCUGACUAAGAUCUGAUUAUAUAAGCUAGAGGCAUCUCGAGAUCGAAGCAAACUAUAUAACAUAACUUCAGUUUCUUUGAGUAACUUACAGUACUGGUAGGAUCUGAGAAUGAAGCAUUCAAGUACAAUAUCAAAUAUCUAUUGGCUUACUUUGUGCACAAUGAUGAAUUUGUGUAGAAAUUAACAGCAGUUUACAUUCACAAAGAAACAGAAUAGGAGGUGGAAAUCGAAGGAAUUGAUCUAUUUUCUUAUGAUCAUGAUAAGAUUUACUAAUAGAAACUUAAUAUCUCUGAAGAAACUUAACCUAAGUACUUCAGAGUUCAUUACAAUGGUGAAAAUAUGGCUAUGAUAUCAUUCAAAACACAUGAGGCUGAAGAGACAUUUAGGAUUGAUAAAACAUUCUCAUACAGAGAAGGAUAGGAUGCAACUGGGUAAUUGGAGACCUAUGCUUUUGAGUAAUUAAGGUUGGCUGGAUUCAGAGGUAGAAUAGUCAAGAAAGAUGACUAUUCUCAAAUAAUCAUGUUACAUGCAGAAUAUCUGUAAAAAGAUCCAAGAGUAGAAGAGCAGAAAAGAAAUCAACCAGAAACCUUGCCCUAAUUACCAGAAAAUUGGAAUCAAGGGAAGUUCUAGAUCAUCAUCAAUAGAUGUUCUGAUUGCGAUAAGCAUAAGACAACCACUUGGCAUAAUGAGGCUGAUUUUGCCAAUAAAUUUAAUGAAAUUGGAUAAAUAUUAAAAGAUUUAUUCCCUAACAUAGAAGUAAUAGGAAAUUGGGAUAAAACAUAACAAUUAGAGCAUUUUGAUGUUUAUAUUCGAGGAGUAGGUUAAACAAAUUAGAUGGACAAAGAAGGAAGAGUGUUUUUGUUUAGAAAGAAUGAAAAGUUGGUUAAAUUCUUGGAUUGUUUCUUGAAGAGAAUGUUAAAGGUCUAUGACGAAAUAGUAUUGACUGCAUAAGCCUAUGGUGAUACAAACAACAUGGCUAUUAAAUAGGAGCAAUUCUUAAGAACCAACAAUUAUUCAUAAAGAUCCAAGAUAGCUCACGAGCAUCCAUGCAAUGUACCUGAAAAAUAAGAGAAAUCAGAAAAAGGAGAAACAUAAUAUGCUGGUACUGAUUUCAUUUGUAAGAAUUGGGGUUGUGGACAACCAUUUAAAUAUGAUGCAACUCCAAAUGGUAUUAAAACAUGUAAACAUCAUCCUGGAAGAUAUGAAUUUGGAUCUAAACACGGAUUAUGGCCAGAAUGUUGGACAUGUUGUGGUAAAAAGUGGGAAGCUGAGGGCUGUAAAUUAGAGUAUCAUAAGGGUGUUCCUGAAAAAGACUUUUAUAAUAUUUGUAUCAAUGUAGGUCCUUUGGAUCCAAGAACCGGUUUUCCUGAAGGCACUUGUGGAAUGAGAUUCUAAGAUGGGGAUUCUUCGGAAUGUAAAUAUAACUCAGGAACUCAUCAAGCUGCUAAAUGGCCUGAUCCUGCAGCCAAAGUCUAUUUUGUACAAAAAUUACACAUUGUAAAUAUCAUCUGUUAAUUUAUAUAGAAUCCUGCUCAGAAAGACAAGGAAACUUAGCCAAAUAAAAACAUUCAAGUUAGACCAGACGUAUUCAGAGAGACCAAACCUUAUUAUGAAUUUAUUAAUAAGGAUAGACAGAGAUAAAUGAAAUUGAUUGAGACUGAGAAGGAAUUAAGAACAUGCACGAAUUGGGCGUGUGGAAAACAAUAUAGAGAAAUUGAAAAUAGAAAAAAGAAUAUGUGUAGAUCUCAUCCAGGAGUCUUUGAUUUUGGACAUACUGCUACUAAAAUUUAAGAGGCUAUUGAAGAAUAUAAAUAAGAAAAGGGAUCCAAGAUUCUAUGGAAACCUCAGUAAAUAAGUUCUCUAUUUAAAUUAGUUGGACUUGUUGUCGAAAAUCUUGGAAUGAACCAGGAUGUCUUUUAUCAAAACACUCAGGACCUUUAGUUAUUGAAUAUAAACCUAAUAAAUACUAGUGGCCAGAUCCAAAAGCAUAAAUAUAAUUCAAAAAGAAGGUAUCAGAAAAUUGGACAAAAAUGCUUGAGUAAAGUCACAGUCUGACACCAGAAACAGCAAGUUUGAAAUACGAUCUUUUAUGCAAGACUUUGGGGUCUGGAGGAGUAAAAAUAAUUAAUAUGUACUUAGCAAAUUUCUGUUUAUAAAUUGCCUGAGUUAUGUGAUAAAUUUGAACUCAACUUGUGGGUUUGUAGUGAAGACUUGGCAUUUUAAUUUAAAUUUACAGACAUUAUGGAGGGCAGAGCCUAGGAAUACUUGGCUGACACAAGUGGAAAUAUCGAUAAACAUAAAUUCUUAGAUUGGUGGUUUGCUGAUGUCAAUAGAAUGUUAGAAAUUUCAUCAAAAUGA